AUGUACAUCCUGGGAAUAUUGUUUUCUCGCUCAGCAUGGCGUUUCAUCCCUUCCUCACAUUUUUUGGGUGUUUUUUUCAAUAAUUGUUUAUGUGGGCAUGCUUCGAAUCGGAAUCUUGUAAUGGUGGCGGGGCAUUCCAUUUAUACGAGCAGUAGUUGUGACAAGGUUGAUAAGGAGGAUUCAUGGUUUUUGGAGUCAUAUCAGAGGCAUCCAGGUCAAGCUGCUACUUUUGUUGCACAUAUACAGAAAGGGGUGGAGAUUGCAGCUGAUGAUGAUGAGGCAUUGCUCUUGUUCAGUGGGGGUGAGACGCGGAAGGAUGCAGGUCCACGAAGCGAAGCACAGAGUUAUUGGGUUGUUGCUGAGUCAAAAGGAUGGUUUGGCAAGCAAGACAGUGUGAGAUCAAGAGCGCUCACAGAAGAGCAUGCAAGAGACAGCUUUGAGAAUCUUCUCUUCAGUGUGUGCCGGUUCCGGGAGCUUACUGGCAAAUAUCCAAAAAAUAUAACUGUUGUGAGUUACGAUUUUAAGGAGGAGAGAUUUGUUCGUCUGCACCGAUCAACAAUUGGAUUUCCCGAGACAAGGUUCUUGUAUUCAGGCACACCUUCCCAAAAUUCAAGGGAAGCAGCUUUAAAAGGCGAAGCAUUGGUGAGGGCUCAAUUUCAAGAUGAUCCUUAUGGUUGUUUAGGUUCACUACGUCGUAAAAAGCUCGGCCGCGAUCCUUUUCAUCGGUCCAUACCUUAUCCCAAUGGAUGUCCUGAAAUCGAAGGAUUGUUCAGGUAUUGUGGGACUGCUCCAUACCCAGGCUACCUUCCAUGGGCUUAG